AUGUCGGCUCAUCCUGCUCCGCCUCCACCUUCCUUCUUCCCCGUUCCUCACACCGCCCCUAUUAUGCCUAUCAACCUUCCUCCGCUUCCCAUGCACCUCGCCCCAGGUCCGCGUGGGUCGCUCAGCCCAUUCAGCAGGGGCCCAAAGGGGCGGAACCAGCGAAGGGAGUCGGUCGGGCCAUUCGCCUCGGGUAUGCAGGGAGGAAGGAAGGCGUCAGGAGGAUUGGGUCUCAUGGGUCCAGUAUCAGCUCAGAUCAUGGGCAGAUUCCCGACUCAGAUGCCCCCACCAAUGCUCGAGCCGAAUCUCGCCCCCCUCUUCGACUUCAGCAUGGCUGCGCCGGUUCCUCCAGCUAAUGGUCUACCCCGUCCCCAUCCUCAUCUUACCAACACCGACCUCUUCAUCUCGAAUGUCCCUGCAGAUCUGCCGGAAGCUGCUAUCGCGGAUGCCCUGCGGGAUUGCCUGCCUGUCCGGAUUAAGCUCAAUGUGCCUGUCCAGCAGGGGGAUCGCUUGAAGCCGGACGCUUACUACGAUUGGAUGCCUAGGUCUGGUACCCUUCAUUUUGUCAGCUUGCACAGCGCCGAGAAAGCGUUAGCUAUCCUGAUUGCCCACCCAUACCUCGCCCACGCGGGCCUCAUCGUCUCGACGUACCCUCCCCCUACUUCCCCACACCACCUUCCCAACAUCCUGCCCUUUCCCGACCCGCCCGUACCCGCUCGGUACAUCCGUCCUACCCUGCAAGUCUCGCCAGCUCCAACAACUAUCUCGCAAGACCCAGCUCAGGCUCUUCACUCGCAAGUGCCCUCGCUGGGUGAGCUCUUUGACGCUUUCCGUCCAUGGGCGUCACUGCGGCAAAUCACUGUCUGGCUCGAAGAGCAGCCGUCCUCGUGCGGACCGCCGACGAUGUCAUGGGGCGCAAGGGUGUUGUUCUGGUAUGAGGAUGAGGCGAGGCGGUUCGAGGUAGGGUUCGGUGCGACUGGGUUGCUCAUCAAAGGGUAUCAAAUCUUUGUCUUCCCCGAGCAGCCCCUCAUAGCUCCUCCACCACCUACAUUCGAUGCUUCACCACCCGCUCCUCGACUCCCGCCAGCCAUCCCGCUCGCCCAGCCGAUGCUCAAUUUAGGCAACAAUAACGUCGACCCCGAAAUCUUCCGUCGCAUGGGCAUGCCAGUCUUCCCUUCGGUCUUCCCCACUCCGAACCUCCAUCAAGCAUCCCCGCCCACCCCUCUCACCCCGUCCAACCACUUCAAGACACCCUGGAUCAACCAUAAUGUCUUUGCGGGCAACUCACAGCCGCUCGUCUCGCCAUCCGCUGCCCGACCCCAUGACCGUCGCCAGAGCGUUCCGACCGGCCCGAAUCAGGUCCAGCUGGGGAUCCGCCGGUCCGUCAAUAACAUGAAGAGUGGGGUUGUGGCGGGACACGCGCGCCAGCGGACGUGGAGCGUGACGCUGUCGAACUCAGUCGAGGGGGAGUUGGUGCCGACGGGGCUGGUGGCUGAUGAUGGGACUACGAUUCAGCAUGGUCCUGGACAGCAUAUCCGCCCAGCACCAGACUCUGGACCAGGAUCGACUAGCGUGUCUGGUCUGGUUGACUAUUCGAACGUCUUUGUCAAGAACCUGGACCCGGAUAUCAACUCUUACUUCCUCGAAGACCUCUUCUCCAAUAUCGGACGGAUCAUCAGCGCCAAGGUCAUGCGCGAUGACGAAGGACGAAGCAGAGGUUACGGCUUUGUCAGCUUUUACUCGCCAAAUGAGGCUGCUCAUGCCAUCAAGGUCAUGCACAACACCCGGGUCGGCUCUCAGCAGAUCGCCGUCACGCUGCACGAGCCUCGAAGGCUGCGCCCAGACAAGCUGGCGGAGCGGACAGCUCAGAUUACGGGUGCUCCGCUGGCUCGGUCGCCGCAGGUCGUCAACAAGCGGUCGAGUAGUCCGCUUAGGAUCAAGAGGGAUCGGCAUGUCAGCGCUCCUGGGCAAGCUUCGUCUAUCACUCCGACGCUUGACACUCCUCUCGUCCCCUCGACGGCCGAGACUCCCGGUGGACGGCUCCUGGUGGUCCUGCCGGACGAUCAACUCCGGAUCAAGCUUACCGAGGAAGUCGCCAAGAUCGACCCCAUCGAAGCUGAAGCGGUGGUCGAUAUCCUUUGGCCGGUCCUGCAGCCUCACGAGCGGUACCGCGCACUCGAGAGCAGGGGGUACCUCGCGACAAAGUACGGCGUGGCGAAGCGGGAGCUGCAAGGUCAGAGGGACAAGGAGGCGGACCAGCCCGUCGACACCCCGUCGGAUCUCGACUCAUCGCUCAACUCACAAGGCAGCCACACUACCUCGGCGACUAGCAUUGUCCCUCCCGUCGAGCUCAUCCCCCUCGCCGAGAUCGACCUCGACAAGCUCGCCUCCCGCUCCGCUGUCGACAUCAUGGCGCACCUCUCCUCCCCUAUCGGUACCCAAAUCCUCGAUAAGCUCGGUAUGACCCGUCCUACCUCGGACGAGGCGGGACGGCUCGCUCGGUGGAUAUUGGCAGUGAGGGAGAAGCAGGCGGUACAGCGGGAUGCGGAGAUCAGUGCGGUCUUGGCAAAGCAUUUCCAGCCGAGUUGGGGUAAACGAUCCGUACAUGUCAAGGUGGCGAGGGAAUUGGUGGAGAAGGAGGAUUUGGGUGCUUUGUGUAAAUUGAUCGCCUAUCCGAACUUGCUUGAUGCAAAGGCUCGGGUGUAUAACGAGAAGACGACGGUGUGA